AAUGCGUUCGGCGGCGCAUCUCUCCUCCGUAAUCGCACGUUCGCACGUUCGCACGCGGCCGUCUAUCGAUCCCGGACUCAUCUGUCGCACGCUGCUGAUUCAUCCCUCCAGUCUCGUUUCGGGUCGGUGAUGCGCCGGGUCUGCUAGCCACUGGCUGGACAUGUUGCUGCCGACCAACUCGUCCUCGCCGGUCUUCCAGCAGGACCUCUACCACAGUGUUACGGAGAAGACCAAACUGUUCGCCUCCAAAUGCAUGAACCGCAGCUUGAGCCCCAUCAAGGAUAAGAGUUACGACGCGUUGCGGGGCCGGUUCCGAUUUUGCGUGUGUACCGGCCCGAGGAAGAAUAAGAGGACCGCCAAGUGGUAUGUGAAGCAGCCCACUUGGCGAUUGUGGGGCGAGGAAAAGGCGGAUGGAGCCCUGUAUACCGUGUACCUCAAAAAAGUCCGUUACCAUCGACCAACACGGAGCCUUUCUUCAUCACAUUCGGAUUCAGAUGAUGAAAUAUCACACCUGGAAUGGGAAACAGUACGAGUGCGGUUCGUGAAGGCGGGCACCCUCAAAAAAUUAGUCGAAGCCCUCUCAACCGACGACGGGGAGUUAGAGACGACCUACAUUAAUGUAUUUUUGGCGACGUACCGGAGUUUCUCCACCCCCAAAGAGGUACUUAAGCUAUUGCUGCAACGGUACGAGGAAUUGUCCGAUGGCCCCCAAAAUGGAAAGCCGGACCAGCAUGAACAACACAGAAAAACUCUCAUUUCGGCGUUGCACGUGUGGCUCGACAGUUACCCGGAGGAUUUCCGCGACCCACCCAACCAUCCGGCUCUGUGCCAGCUCCUGAAUUUUUGCGAGGACCACCUGCCCGCCACGGAGCUGGAGGCGAAGGUGCGUCAUCGUCUCCACCGAUACAGUCAGGAGGCAAAUUGCGAACCAAUUCUGGCACCACCGGCUGCUUUCGCCAUGCGAACGAUGCCGGUGGCCGAGUACAGCAGGCUGUACAAGCUGCCAGAUGUUCCCGUGCGACAUUUCGCCGAACAGCUCACCAGAAUGGACGUGGAUCUCUUCAAAAAACUGGUCCCACAUCAGUGUUUGGGCGCGGUGUGGUCAAGGAGAGACAAAAGCAGGUCGCACGAGGCGGCGACAGUUUUGGCCACCGUCAACCAGUUCAACGCCGUCUCCUUCAGGGUAAUUUCAUCAAUUCUAGUCGACCCUACACUCAAAUCAAGCGAUCGAGCCGCAAUAAUAAGCUGUUGGAUAGACAUGGCCCAAGAGCUGCGUCUUAUCAAGAACUUUUCUAGUUUGAAGGCGAUCAUUAGUGGACUUCAAAGUAAUCCAAUAUACAGGUUGCAGAAGUCGUGGGCGUCGGUGCCCAAAGAGAAGAUCGAAGUAUUCGACGAACUGGCACGUAUCUUCAGCGAGGACAACAAUCAGAUGGUCCAGCGGGAGCUGCUGAUGCGUGAAGGCACAGCCAAAUUCGCCGAUACGGUCGGCGAGAACGACCGCCAGCUCAAGAAGGUUAUUCAGAUACAAAACAACCAUUCCGCCAACAUCUCAUUCGGAACGAUACCGUAUCUGGGUACCUUCCUCACCGAUCUCACUUUUAUAGACACCGCAAUCCCCGAUAUUAUUUCUGACGGGCUCAUAAACUUCGAUAAGAGACGUAAAGAGUUCGAGGUCCUGGCUCAGAUUAAACUUUUGCAGGGUGCGGCCAACGCUUACCAUUUUAGGGAAGACACCAGCUUCAACAGGUGGUUUGAUUCAAUCCUAGUGCUGGAUGAUCGCGUAGCUUACGAACUGAGUUGUCAAAUAGAACCCUCAACUAACCAUCUAAAGACCAAAAAACGCCACCAGAAAAACGAUUCCAUUGCGAGCACCUCAAGCAGCAACAGUUCACAGUUUUACUGCGACAUAGAUAGCACACCUAGUUCACCUCACAACAGUAUAGACCGCAAACUGAGCCCGUCACAGAUGUCCAACUCCAGCAGUAGCUCGUCACUGCCAUCCUUGGAUGCAUCACUAAACAGUUCGCAUUCAGGCAGUGCCACAAACAAACUACACGUUCCCCUUAAUAGUUCAGGAACAUUAAGUAUGAGUUCACAGAAGAGCAGCCCCGACUUUUAUAUUAUAAAGGUGACGUACGAGACGAGUAGCGUCGAAACGGAUGGAAUAGUGUUGUACAAAAGUAUUAUGUUAAGUAACAAUGAGAGGACGCCCCAGGUGAUCAGGAACGCAAUGUACAAGCUGGGUCUGGAGGGCAAUCCGGACCAGUAUACUCUUGCACAAGUUUUGCCUGAGAAAGAAAUGGUGCUACCUCCAAACGCAAACGUUUACUACGCGGUCAACACCGCAUACAACCUAAACUUCAUAUUGCGUCCAAAGAAGCCGGAAGACGGUGAAGGUACCAUGAAAACUCCCAAGGGAAAAUACAAGUCAUAGCUUAAUUUGAACGCCUCUAACAUAAUUUAAGUAGCAAAUUAUUUAUGUAGGUUUCUAGUGAUUUUUUAUCUUCGUGUUUCGAGCGAACUAUGACAAAUAACAUCUGUGAUAAAAAGCACAAAGUUUUCCUUUUAAUACUGUUUAAAACAUCACGUUUUGUGUUUUUAAAGUUUUUAUUUAUUUGUAAAUGAUUUUAACCUUUUUUUAUAUGCAAUAUCUUAAUUAAUUUAUAGCUGCUGUGCUUAUUUUAAAGCAUAUUACUAAGAAUGUUAAUUUAUUGUAUUUAGCUAUUUGUUCAUAGUCAAUAUGUCAAUUUUAGGAGUAGUAUACGGAACCUCAGUUGUGUAUGAGCUGGGGACGGCCUCGAAUUAAUCACCAAUUGGAUUGUUAUGUUUGAAUAACGUUGUAGAUAACUAACUGAACAAAGUAAUUUAUUCUAAUAUCAGGACUAUAUCCUGAAAAUAUUUAUUGGGCACAAAUUUCACUGUUGGUCUUAAAUUUUUGGCUAAUUUUACAAUACUACAUAUAUUUGAACCAAGUAUUUAGGAUAUUUGGGGUAUUUUUAGCCAAGAAUUUUUGGCUAAUCUAAUAAUGUUUUAACUUUUAAAUUAAAUUCUCAUGAAGUACAAUUUAUAGAUUAUAUUAAAUGUGUUGAUUUUAUAAUUGUCUUUUUGUAUUGUUGCAUUACUAAAAUCAUAAUACUCUAAUAAUCAUCACACACUUUCCAAAAUAUUUCCGAUGUAAAUAUUUUAAUUGUAGGAAAGUGGAAAUAGAUAAUGUACAUAUACCCUCAAUAUAUAGGAUUUACGUACAUACCAGUGACAAAUACAUAGUGUAUAUUUUUCCGUAUAUUUGUAAAUUUGUAGAUGUACUAUAUUAACCCCUAUUGGUACUUAAAACUGUAGAAAUGCAUACAUUUUUGUAAUUGUCAAUAUAUUUUUGUAUUAAAACGUUAUAUAACAUUUA